CUUCUUGGUUGAGACACUGGAAGUGCAAAUCAUUCUAAGCAUUUCUUUGAUCGAUCAAUCCAUCCAUUAUGGCUUCCCUUCCACAGACCUCAGCCCCAAUGUCUCUUCUCCUCCUCUUAGCUUUUGCCCUGCUUCUUCACUCCGCAAUCACCAAGGCAGCUUCGGAACCAAAUGGUAGUUGGUGCAUCGCGAAGACUGGAGCUGAAGUCCCAAAGCUCCAGGCAGCCCUUGACUAUGCCUGUGGUCAUGGCGCGGACUGCGCCUCAAUCCAACCAGGAGCCCCUUGCUUUGAGCCCAACACAGUCGCUGCUCAUGCAUCGUAUGCCAUGAACUCCCUCUUCCAGCACUCUGAGAAGAAACCUACUGAUUGCGACUUUGGCGGCGCGGCCAUGCAAACUUCCACCGAUCCAAGUCAUGAUAGCUGCGUAUAUCCUGGUAAAUAGCAAUUGAGAGAGACUUAAAGAGAGAAAGAGAAGAAAAGCUUCAGUUUGAUGUGAUGUGGGAAAAUAAGGGGAAGAAAAAAUCAGAAAAGGAGGAUUAU